AUGCUACGCCCCAAAGCCUGGCCAAAGGCCUUCCAAGCCUUCCCCAGAUUACCACAACCCUCCAUUCAACGUCCCUUCAGUACAACACCCGCUCUCCCUGAAAAGCCCCUCCCACCCCGCCUCAAGCUCAACGAUGCCGACCUAACAAUCUCCUACCUCAAAGGCACCGGGCCCGGCGGACAAAAGAUCAAUAAAACCAAUUCCGCUGUCCAGAUCAUCCAUCAUCCUUCCGGUAUUGUCGUCAAGUGCCAGGCCACGCGGUCUAGGUCUCAGAAUGCGAAGACUGCGCGCUCGUUGCUUGCGGAUAAGAUUGAGCAGAAGGAGAAGGGGGUUGAUAGUCGGGCUGCGUUGAAGGCGGAGGCUGCAAGGAAGAAGAAGGCUAGUAAGAUGAAGAAGACUAGGAGGAAAUAUCGGGAUUUGGAUGGGAAGGAGGGGGUGAUUGAGGGACUGGAAGAGGAAGACGAAGCUGGGGAGGGGUUAGAAGAGACUCGGGUUGCUGGAAAUUCAGGAAUGGCUGGAGAGAAAGGAUCGGCUUUGUAG